UCCGUCUCUCUCUCUCCGUUUCUCUUUUCGUUUGUUUCUCUCUAUCAACUCUUCGUGAUAAGCUUCACUAAGCACAGCUAUGCACUACAGUGACGCCCUCUAGGGACAGAAAUGGGUGGAGGAAAACGAUGGAAGGGCGGAGGGAGAAAGGGUGUAGAUGAUAAAGGCAAGGUAGAAAACCCGAAGCAAAGUUAUCUUCCCUUGAUUUCAGUUUCCACAUUGUUCUCAGUUUUUUUGGGGAGGGAUAGAGAGGACAGGGUUAACGGUGUUUUGUUGUUUUAUUUAUUUGUUUCCCUCGCAUCCUCCGAUAUCCAUCCAUGCUGUUGAUGUUAUUAGUUUAGUAUAAGUUAAUUAGUGAAACAGCUUCGUCCCACUUUUCACUUUCAGCAUGUUUUGUGCUGGGGUCUCAUUCUUCUUACUACACACGUAUAAAUACAUAUUAUCAUUGUUGCUGUUCUUUGGAAACUAUCUUUCUUAUACCUUGAGGGCUUGGUCUGCGUUGCAAGCAUCUCGUUUUCAACUACAUACACUCACUCACAUAUACAUAUAUUAUAGACAUUAUCUACAACGAUCCAACACCAAACGGACAAACAAGCAGCCAACGAGCAAGCGAUACUUGACCCUCUUUACGCUGAUCUAGAUCCAAUUGGUUAAAAUGUUGAAAUCCCAGACAAUCAAAGUAAUCCAAUAUCAGAAAGAAGAUUUGAAUUUCUUCCUUCUUGAUCCUUUCAUCUCAAGAAAGUUAAAGUAUACAUACAACUGUAAACCGAUUUCUGACCAUUAAGUUCUUUGGUUUAGAACUGGCAUUAAAAAACCACAAAAUCAAAUGGAAAGAAAAUUCCUCUUUUUUACCCCUAUUAUGUAUGGCUUCAGGUAGUUUCAUACUCUUUCAAUAUGCCUGAGUGAUAUGUAAUUUAUUAUACUAUUCUGCACAUGUGGAUCAAAAUGGAAGGUUAUACCAUUACUUCAGUUGAAGACUUUCUUGAGAACAAAGACUAUUCUUUUUCCUUACAGACAAAGGACAAUGAUAGCAGUGAAUUUGUUUCUGUAGAAGAUGAGAGAGCUUCAUCACCAGAAGUGAUAAUUGCUUCAAGUGAAAUGUCAAAUAGUAAACAAGUCCAUCCAUUAAAUAAACCGUACCAAUGUGACCUCUGUCCGAAAAUGUUCACCAAACCAUUUUACCUCAAUCUCCACAGGAAAGUUCAUUCAAAGCCCCCCAAGGUCUACCAGUGCUUCGAAUGCAAAGAUAUCUUUUCCACUCAAGGAAAGCUGGCACAUCAUGAGAAAUCGAUGCAUAAAAACAAAGUUGUGUUCCCUUGUGAGCAGUGUGAUCAGGUGUUCCCUCUGUUUCGUGCAUAUGUGACACACCAGAAAACACACUCGACUGAAAAGUCUCAAAAAUGCGACAUGUGUGAUAAAGCUUUUGCAUAUUCAAGUCAGUUGGCUGCACACAUGAGAGUGCAUACUGGUGAAAGACCAUUUCAGUGUAAGCUUUGCCAGAAAAAGUUCACAUAUUCAGGCCAUCUCACUGUCCAUAUGCGUUCUCAUACAGGUGACAGACCUUAUAAAUGUGAACACUGUGGCAAAUCUUUCACUCAGUCCAGUGACUUAACACAUCAUGCCAAAAUACAUUCAGGUGUAAAACCUCAUAUCUGUGACAUUUGUUCCAAGUCUUUUACUCAUGCUGGCCAGUUAAUUGUUCAUCUUCGCAAGCACAGUGGUGAACGACCUUAUCGGUGUGAACACUGCCAUAAAAGUUUUGCUCAGUCCAGUCAUUUAACUCUACACAUCCGUUCUCACACAGGUGAGAAACCCUUCAAAUGUGACCACUGUGAGAAAUCUUUUGUUGACUCUAGCCAUUUGGCUGUCCAUACUCGAACUCAUACUGGUGAGAAACCAUUUCAGUGUACAUUCCCAGAGUGCAACCGUUUCUUUGCACGUUCAAGUCAAUUAGCAAAGCAUAAACGUUGUUGUCGUUAUAAUAUAGACAAUACUGAUAAGAGAGAUGAGAAAGGAAAACUUCGACCCUAUCGUUGCACAUUUUGUCCAAAAUCAUUCAUAGAUGAGAAUCAUCUUGAUGCCCAUACACGAGUGCAUACUGGUGAGAGGCCUUUUGCAUGUAACUUCUGUGAAAAGAAAUUUGUCCUAUCUGCUCACCUCACAACCCACAUGCGUGUGCACACUGGCACCAAACCUUUUAAAUGUCAAGAUUGCUCAAAAGUAUUCACUCAGUCGGGUAAUCUAGCUUUACAUCGGAAAAGUGCACAUUGUGCACAAAAGGAAAACACUGUGCAGAAGAACAAAAGUAAACAUAAAAUCACUGCAGACAAUAAAUUAGAUGAGUGUUUAGAUAGAAACAUAGUAACCUCGGCUGCACCAGACCAAACUACUGUGACAUCUCUCCAACAGGAAUUAUUUGACUCUGAUAAGAAGGAAAGCUUAGUGACUCUUGAAGAAGAAAUCACCAAAUUUUAUUCUGAACAGGUUGAAUGUCCAAACAGUCCAGUUAGUUACAAUGGUACUAGUCCAUCUGUCUUCCCUAGUAGUAUUACUUCUGACCGUUUCUUUGAAGCAGUCAGAUUACACCGUAAAGAAAAAAUAUUGAAAAGAGAGAAGCAAGAUGAAAAUAUUGAUGGAAAUAAUAAUUGUGAUUAAAGACUGAACUGUGAAGCAUUUCUUUAACCCUUUAGCAUUCAAACUGGCCAGAUCUGGCCUCUCAUACCUAUCCUGCAAUGUCAUUCUAAAAAUAAGCAAUCAGAUCAUGAAAGUUUUAGCUACAAGUUAAUACACAAUUAAUUCAAAAUAAUGUGAAUAAAUAAACGUUACAUUUGAGAGUGUAAUCUGAAUGCUAAAGGGUUAACUUUUUUUUUCUCCCUCCCCAAUCAUCAUAACCAUCACUGUCCUUGGAAUAAAUCCCCAAAAUGAAGAAAGCCAUAUGAAAUCCACAAAUGAUUAUUGGAUGUUGCCAUCAAAAGCCAGUGUUGAACUAAGCUGAACAACAUGUUUAUUUAUUUGAAACAUUUUUUAUCAUUGAUUUGUUUGUAAAUUUUUUUUUCUUUACAGGUUUUAGUGUUGAAAACAGUUAAUAUUUUAAACAUUCACUUUUCUUUUCUUUUGGCAAACUAAUUAACUUGUAUCCUUGGGGUUUUUUAUGUAUUUUAUUUUUUACACUAAUAUUCGCUAAUGUUAUUUUUUUAAACAAAAGUCUUUAUUUCUAUUUUUUCUGAUUUAAAAUUUUUUUAUAUAACAUGAAUUAUAUUAUGAAACUAACAUUAAUCACAACAACAACAAUAAUUACCCUCAUCAUCAUUACCAUCACCACCACCACCACCACAACUAUUUAAAAUUAUUUUAUCAAACUAAUCAGAAACUGGUAUAUAUCUGCAAUUUUGCAAUUAUAGAAUAUUCCGAACCAAUUGUGAAACCAGGGUUUGUUUCUGUCCAAUACUUCCUAACUAACAAUGGUUUCAAUAUUUGCUAUUUCUAUUUCUUGAAAUGCCUUCUCUAGUCCUAUUUUUGCCAAAUAAUAGCUAGUUCCAUUUUGAAUUAGUUAUUUGUACAUAUUUCUCCACUGUCCACAUUAUAACUACAAAAGUCCCAAGUCCCUUUGCACCUGAAGUUACAACUACACCAACAACAAAAUAACACCUGUAAUACAAUGGUAUCUCUAUAUUUACCUCCCAUCCUGUGUUAAGUGUUACAUUUAAAUGUUUCUAUAGUAAAACAUAUACAAACAUUACAGACACACAUACACAGCCAUAUUGUAUAUAUGUAUGUGUAUAUAUGUAUAUAUAUAUAUAUAUAUAUAUAUAUAUAUAUAUAUAUAUAUAUAUUCACACACACAAACAACCAACUUUAUGUGUAUGAACGGAUCACAUGUCUGUUAAAUACAAUGAGUAAUCCAAAUGUUUGAUCAAUGAAACUACCUUCUCAUUGUAUUAUAUAGUGUAAGUGGCUGACUGUUCCUCAGUCAGUUGUACUCUUAACAUAAUCUUCUGGCAGGCAGAACCAGUGUAAAACAGUUUGUGACGAGAAUAAGCCCCUUGAACCAUAAGUACAGUCCAUCCAACUGGGCGGGGGUUCACACGAUUUUCAUCUAACCAGUUUCUCAUACAUAGCUUGUAUUGCCCAAGGUGCUAUGCAUUUGGAUUGCACUUGGGUAUUCAUGUUUGCAAAGUGAAUUUCUUAAGCAUUCAACUAUGGUUGCACUUAUUACAGUUACUUAUAUAUAUGUAGACAUACAGAUAUAUAAAAACUUGUAGCUAUUUUGUUAAGUAAGAAUGGGAAGCAUUACUCAUAGCCAACGAUAGCCAACUAAUUCAUCAGAUACCAAGGAACUAUGUUUCUUUCUACAUACACACACACACACACAUACGUGAUUAAUAAAUAUAUAAAUAUAGCAGCAAUAUGUUACAAACAUCUUUUAACUAAUCUAAAGUUCAUAUACAUAUAUAUUUAGAAAAAGAAACAUAACUGUAAAAGAUAUCUCUCUUCUUCUUGAACUGUGUGUGUGUGUGUGUGCGUUCUGAGAAAUAUAGAUAGAUAUGUAUGUGUGUAUGCAUGGAUAUCAUCAUCAUCAUUGUCAUCAUUUAAUGACCAUUUCCCACUUUCUGGCUGGGGAAGUCAUCCAGUGGUUGACAUUAAGAAGACACUGGAGCUCAGCACAGCCCUCCUGUUCAUCAGUUCCUGUCAAACCCAUGCCAGCAUGGAAAAUGCUCAUUAAAUGAUGAUGAGGAUGUAUGUUUGUAUACAUGUGUGUGUGUGUGUGUGCAUGUAUAUAUACAUGCACAAUGAAGUUGGCUCUAUUCACACCUGAGAGUAUUUUUGACCCGUGACCAACUCAGAUGCGCACAUAGACUCAGAGUGUCUUGUAGUGAGUUCACUUUUUGUUGGUUCUCAUGAGACUUAUAUGAACUUGUUUUCUCUAAUCCUGUAUUUCAACGUCUUCAUUUCAACCCACCUCACCUCGACAAUGAACUAAACCACAUUUAGAAGUGUUUUUUUUAAACACCUUUUUUACAUACAAACCAGAACAAAACAAAAUAAAUGAUUAAAUAAAACACAACAGUCAAUGUCUGAUUUAUCAUGUAAUGACAUAUUUAAGAAAUAUAAAGAUUCCUUUUGGUAACAUGUUUUCAUACACAAAUAAAUUUUGAGGGGUUAAUGUGAGCCCCCAAAUAACCACUUCUUUUGUUACAAAAUUAUAACGUUUGUGUUCUAAAGGAAUCUUAAGUCAUCCAUCCAAUCUUAUUAAACUUUAUGAAAAUUCA